AUGACGGCGCCGUUCCCCAGCGCCACCGUGCCGGAGAACACGCGGUCCACCGUGCUCGCCCCGACGGUCAGCAGCCAGGGGGCUCCGUUGUGGAGGAGCCCCAAGAAAGGGCCCCUGUUGCCCGCCGAAGUGGCCACGAAGACGCCCUUCUCGACGGCGGCGAAGGUGGCGAUGGCGACCGGGUCAUCGUACAGCGGGACGUCGUCGAGGCCCAGCGACAAGGAGAUGACGUCCACCCCAUCGGCUAUAGCGCUGUCAACGCCGGCGAUGAUGUCCGAAGCGAAGGCACCCCGCUCCCACAGAACCUUGUAG